AUGCCCAGUCCAGACUCUACUACCCUAGCUGUAGAGGGCUGUGGUGUCAGUGUUUACAACUUCAUCCCCAACAUCCAACCCCUAGUCGAUGCCCUUCCCGCCAAUAGCCCACAGAAACACACUCUCCAGCUCCAGAUAGCGGAAGUUGGGCGAAGAUUCAAGUCUGCGUCACAACGAUACGAAGAAGUACGCAGUAUGGUACUAGAUUGGAUCUUCGACCCGGCGUGCAGCGUUACAGCCCACCACGCGGCGAAGUUUGCCCGUUUACUAGAGCGGCGGCUAGCUUAUCACACAAUGGCACAGCCUGACGGUGACGGUAACGGCGUCUCUCCCGCACUUAUCCUUCACUUAGCGACAGUGGUACGAAGCGAGCCGCUCCAAGAUCCCGUUUCAGAUCCUAUCAGCCAGUCCUGGCUGUUUUCGCAGUGGUGCACACUCUAUAGUAGCCUCGAACCCCUUGACGCCAUAAUCAUGCUGGAGACGGGCAUGUUGCACCGCCUAUAUGGUAUUGACGUACUACGUAUGAUAGAACACAAGCGCCAGUUGCUCGACCGGCCGGAUAUCCUGGAUAUCACUACCCAGACGCACAAUGCGCUCAGCAACAUGCCGCGCCUGCUGUGCUUGUGCGACAUCCUUCAGCCGGCAGAGCGCAACGCCUCGGCUAUGACCAAGGUGCUAGACUUGCUGGACGCAGUAGCCGGUCCGCUCAGCAGGGCAUUAGCAAAAUUCUCCGGGGAGCCCAUCGUCGCUGUAGGCUCCGGGGCGGAGGAGCAGGCUAAGCCCGACAGCAAUUCCGUCAGCAUCAACACCGCGUUUGAGCUCGCAAAGGAGACUAGGAACUUCCUGCCAUUUUGCAACUCUAUGGAGGCCUGCCUCAUGAAGGCCAGCGGGGAGAACGAUUUUGAUGCUAUUGUUGCGGUUGGAAUUCAGGUCAACAUGAUGCUCCAGUACAUAAGGGUCCGGGAGCUUGCACGCAUCUAG